CUCCUUCAAUCAUCAUUUUUUUUAUUUUAUGUACACCAUUACAUUCAGAAUAACUGUGGAGGUCCUAAUGAAGCACCCAAGAACUUCUGUAAUGCAACAACCAUGGCAUGGGGUUGUGGAUGUUCAAGAAAAACUCCUGACUUUACACCUUUUCUUUGGCCUGUUGUUCAAGCAGAAUGUUCGGGAAAAGCACAAGAAUGUCAAAUGAUAUGUAAUACAGAUAAAAUACAUCCUUCUACCUGUGCGACAACAUGCAAUGCUUAUUACCAAUGUGGAACAGACAAGGCUCCUCCAAGUUAUCUACAAACUGAGAAUCCUUCCGAUGCACCUUCUUACAACGGGCCUCCUAAAAGUCUUGAUGCUGCCACUAGUGAUAACUCGGGCGUUGCUUCUAACACAACUCAAAACUCAAACUCUGGUUCCGCAUAUUUAAAGCCUGUUUAUUUAUUCAUAGCAUUCGCUUCUACUACUGCUCUUACUAGCAGUGUUUUGUUCUAAUACUUUAUAAUUUUAUAAAAAAAAACCACACUACUUCUCAUCUAAUAAUAAACUUCAAUUCACUGCAUUCGCUGUAUUAUACAU